CUCCGCAACGACGACCGCGAUUUCGAACCUCCACCGCUUACCUCCCAUACCCUCAAGAUGUCCGCCCAGAACUCUGCGGGAAUUCAGACGCUGCUUGACGCAGAGCGCGAUGCACAGAAGAUCGUCCAGCAAGCCAGAGAAUACCGCACAAAGCGAGUGAAGGACGCACGAAGCGAGGCACAGAAAGAGAUCGAGGAUUACAAGAAGGAGAAGGAGGCGGAGUACCAGAAGUUCGAGAAGGAGCACAGCUCUGGCAACAAGAAGGCUGAGGAUGAUGCCAAGAAAGAUACAGACAACAAGGUUAAGGAGGUGGAGGAGCUGGGUAACAAGUCAGGCGGCAAGGUCGUCGAGCAACUGAUCACCGCUGUCACGAACGCCGACCCCAAGCCUCCGCGCAAGGACUAGAGCGAUAGUACCACGCACGCCGAGCGAAGAAACCACCUGCAUCAACCACGACGAUGAUAAACCAUGAACACUCUAGGCGGUAUGCCUGGAGCACGGCGCAACGUUACCGUACAUGUCCGUCGAUCUUCUGGUUGAAGACAGUGGUUGUGAAGACCUGAGCAAUAGACAUCCCAAUCUAGCGAAACAUUUCCAUACCAGCGUCCCAGCAUUCAUCAACGUGUCCUUGCACUGCAACGAACAUGUCGUUUCGCCUUUUGUUACACCAUGUUUGUGCAUCAGUGGGCUACUUUCAAAGCCAAAUCACGUUUCGACAACGAUAAAAGUGAUCAUCACAUGCAUUGAAGAACACGGUUCUGUUUAAUGAUCAAAAAC